CCUCUCGCACAACCGCACCACCAUUUCCCACGCGACAUCACAGAUCACCAUCCACCUUCCUUUCCCCCAGAUCCCGAGCGAGCGACGCCAUGGCCUCCGGCCCCUUCGACUCCCCGACCUCCUCCCCGGCCGGAGCCGCCGCCUUCCACGACGACCCCUUCCUCAGCUUCGACGGCCCCGCCGCAUCACCCGCCGCCGGGAUCGACGACGGAUUCCCGGCCUCCCCCGACCCCUACGCCUCCGCCGCCGCAGGAGCGCACCCCUUCGGCAUGCCCGACUCCAACGGCGCCCUCCACCACGACGAUGACGAAGGCCUCUUCAGCUCCCACAACGGCACGGGGCCCGUCCUCCCGCCGCCCACCGAGAUGGGCGCCGACGAGGGCGUCCUCCUGCGCGAGUGGCGCCGUCAAAAUGCCAUCCUUCUGGAGAAAAAGGAGGAGCAUGAGAAGGAGCUGAGGAGCCAAAUCAUCCUUGAGGCUGAAGAAUUCAAGAACGGUUUUGUUGAGAAGCGUAAGCUGAACCUUGAGACAAGCAAGGAUCAUAACCGGGAUAGGGAGAAGCUUUUCCUAGCCAACCAGGAGAAGUUCCAUACCGGCGCAGAUAAGCAGUACUGGAAGGCGAUAUCAGAGCUCAUCCCUCAUGAGAUUGCAAACAUUGAGAAGAGAGGUGCAAAGAAGGACAAGGACAAGAAGCCUGGGAUUGUCGUGGUCCAGGGACCAAAGCCCGGGAAGCCGACCGACAUGGCACGGAUGCGCCAGAUACUGCUGAAGCUGAAGCACACACCCCCGCCACACAUGAAGCCACCUCCCCCACCUGCUCCAGCUGCCGCCGCCAAGGAUGGAGCUCCAGCUGCUGCUGGAAAGGACGGAGCCAAGGCGGCAGCACCUGCCCCUGCCAAUGGCACAGUCCCUGAGAUGGAGAAGGCCGCCGCCGCUGCCACCCCCGCAGCAGCAGCAGCACCAGCACCCGCAGCGGAGCCCAUCGCCGCAGCCUGAAUGAAGAUGACCUUGAUCAGCUGCUAAUCGUUUGCAGUAGGAUUAUAUUUGGAAGUCAGUAGAGUUGUUCCAGAAGAGGAGGUGGCAAAAGAGCACAUGCAAGGUGGUGAAAUCAUCCGAGUUCAUCAGGGCGGCAAAGCAUGGAUGGCAUGGCGGAGAUAUUACGCCCAGUGUACUAUUAUUAUUAAUUUUGUUAUUAAGAGAAGGAGGGUUGUUUAAUGGACCAGCAAAAGCUUUAUUCGUUGUUGCAUAUUAUUACUACUGUUAUUUGCAUUUUGUAGAGAGAGAGAGAAGUGAUUGGUAAAAAUAAGGCUGUUGCUGCUGUACUAGACAGGAUGUGCGUGUUCGGUAUUUGUUUUUCCCAGUGUUGGAUUUUGGUAAAACCCUCAUCUGCAUAUAUUAUAUUGAUCCUUUGGUUUUUUUCGUCUC